UGAAUUAUAUAUUUGCUGAUUAUAUUCAUGAUAUAUUAUUGAUAUAUUUGUAAUUCUAUGUAAUCGCAAAUUUAUAAACAGUCGAUUUUAUCAACUUAUAUAAAGUUUUCGUUUAUAUUUUAAUAAGUAAAAAAUGUUCUUUUUACAUUUACUGUAAAUAAAAUCAGUGAACUCAAAAUGUUGAUGUUCGUUUCUAAAGUGACCAGUAAAAACAGAUAGACGUGUGCAUGGAUCUGUCGGCAGAAGGAGGGGAGCUCAUAUAAAGCGACUCUUCUGGGAAGAAACGCAAUGCUCCAGAAGUCAAUGUCACGCGAGAACGUUGUAAUAUCUAGUCUUUUGAAUUUACUCGUCGUCUCUCGGUCUACCUAUUGCAAGCGUAAUUUGUAAUCUCGCUUUGAUAUCGUAGAGUCAUUUUUAUAAAACUAUUUCAAAAUGUGCGACGACGACGUGGCUGCGUUGGUGAUUGACAAUGGAUCGGGAAUGUGCAAAGCCGGAUUCGCUGGGGAUGAUGCUCCUCGAGCUGUGUUUCCCUCCAUCGUUGGAAGACCCCGAUAUCAGGGGAUCAUGGUCGGCAUGGGACAGAAGGAUAGUUAUGUGGGCGAUGAAGCGCAGAGUAAACGGGGAGUUCUCACUGUCAAGUAUCCCAUAGAGCAUGGUAUCGUCACCAAUUGGGACGAUAUGGAGAAGAUCUGGCAUCAUACAUUUUACAAUGAGCUGAGAGUUGCGCCGGAGGAGCAUCCCGUCCUACUGACGGAGGCUCCUUUGAAUCCUAAAGCCAAUCGUGAGAAAAUGACGCAAAUCAUGUUCGAAACCUUUAAUACUCCAGCUAUGUAUGUCGCUAUUCAAGCUGUCCUGUCCUUGUACGCGUCGGGACGUACAACCGGUAUCGUAUUGGACAGCGGCGAUGGAGUGUCUCAUACAGUACCAAUUUAUGAAGGAUAUGCCCUGCCUCAUGCAAUUUUGCGUUUGGAUUUGGCCGGUCGCGACUUAACAGAUUAUUUGAUGAAAAUUCUGACAGAGAGAGGCUAUACCUUUACAACUACCGCUGAGCGUGAAAUCGUACGUGACAUCAAGGAAAAAUUGUGUUAUGUAGCUUUGGAUUUUCAACAUGAAAUGGCAACAGCUGCCGCAUCGACUGCAUUAGAAAAGAGCUACGAAUUACCCGAUGGCCAGGUCAUCACAAUCGGCAACGAGCGCUUCCGUUGUCCGGAAGCGAUGUUCCAGCCGAGCUUCCUGGGCAUGGAAUCUUGUGGCAUACACGAGACGACGUACAAUUCGAUUAUGAAGUGCGAUGUUGACAUUCGCAAGGAUUUGUAUGCUAAUUCGGUGCUAUCGGGCGGCACUACCAUGUAUCCGGGCAUCGCCGAUCGGAUGCAAAAAGAGAUAACGGCGCUCGCGCCGCCCACCAUGAAGAUCAAAGUGAUCGCGCCACCCGAGAGGAAGUACUCGGUUUGGAUCGGUGGUUCUAUCCUCGCCAGUCUGAGUACGUUCCAGCAGAUGUGGAUCUCUAGGCAGGAAUACGACGAGUUAGGACCCUUCAUUGUGCAUAGAAAAUGUUUUUAGGUAUCUUGAUGUUUUUAAAACGCCAUCAUCGCUUUCCGAUCGAUUAGUGGGAAUCCCUUAUGGGAUAACUGAAACAAUAUUUAUUUCUUGAAUAAUAAUUUUGCUUAUAUAU